CCCAAAACACCAGUAGCAUCUCCAUAAAGGAAGACAUCGUAUUCUCCCUCCUCCAUUUCUGGUCUUCCGAAAUCCAUCCUGUCAAACAAGAAACAAACCUCCUCUUUCUCCCUCCUCUCCCCUCUUCGAAUCAUCGCCGGGGCGCGAAUUGGCGCUGGUUUCUGGAUUCGACGAUGAAAUCGCCAUUGCGCAAGUUCCGGGGCCUCGCCCUCCCCCACCACCACAAGGAGAAGAAGGACCAACGGCCGCCGCCCGCCAAGCUCGACAACCUCGUCGACGCCGCCCAGGAGAUGGAGGAAAUGAGAACUUGUUAUGAUAGCUUGCUUUCGGCUGCAGCUGCAACAACAAAUAGUGUAUAUGAGUUUGCAGAAGCUAUGGAAGAAAUGGGAACUUGCUUACUUGAGAAAACUGCAUUGGAUUGCGAUGAUGAUGACAGUGGCAGGGUGCUGAUGAUGCUAGGAAAGGCUCAAUUCGAACUACAAAAGUUUGUGGAUAACUAUCGCACAAAUAUCAUAAAUACAAUCACAAACCCUUCAGAGUCUCUUCUCAAGGAGCUACAAGUUGUAGAGGAAAUGAAGGACCACUGUGAUCAGAAAAGAGAGGAAUAUGAAACCAUGCGGUCAGCCUAUAAAGAUAAAGGACGAUCAAGGCAUCCCAAAACUGAAACAUUCUCCCCAGAACAAUUGCAAGCGUCCUAUCUCGAGUACCAAGAAGAUGCAACAUUAUUCAUAUUUCGCAUGAAAUCAUUGAAGCAAGGUCAAUUCUUGAGUAUUUUAACACAGGCUGCUCGCCAUCAUGCUGCUCAGUUGAGUUUUUUCAGGAAAGGGUUGAAGUAUCUAGAGGCUCUAGAACCUCAUGUAAAAGCAGUUGCUGAGAAGCAGCACAUUGAUUAUCACUUCAGUGGACUAGAUGAUGACACUGAUAAUGAUGAUUACAGCUCUUACCAGGACAAUCAUAGUGAGGGCAGUGAGUUGAGUUUUGACUACGGGAUAAACUUUCCUGCUUCCAGGAGUUCAAUGGAUUUGGAUCAGUCUAAUAUGGCGAGUCCCACGAAACCUCUGAAGGAACAUGAGCAGGAACAUGCCAAACAAAGAGAGACUGAUUUUGCAGCUCCUCGAGUGAAGCCUGAGUUUGGUACUCAAUCAGCACCAAUUUUUGCUGAUAAUGUGCUUGAUCCAUCUGUGAGGCUUCGCAAGUUGAAUUCUCCAAUGUUCUCGAGCCCACUACAGUCAAGUAGAACAAACUAUUCCUACAAACUCCCGACACCAGCUGAUGAUAAAAUCUCCACUUCAGCAGACACUAACAGAUCACCUCAUUCAGACAAACCAGAGAGUUCACAUGUGGCAGCAAAUUUGUGGCAUUCCUCUCCGCUCGUGAAAGAUUAUAAGCCGAGCUCCUUGUAUAGCGGGCCUGUUAAGAUGCCAUCAAGUACUGAGAGGAGAUCAUCACCAUUAGUUUAUUCCUACUCCACUUCAGAUUCUAAGAAAAUGAAGAGGGAAUCUUUUUCUGGCCCAAUUCCUAGUAAAGCAGGGCUAAGCAAACCCUUGUUUUCAGCUGCUGGUCACAGAGCAUCAGUAAAUUAUCCUCCUCGUGUUAUGUCAACAAAAUCACAUGGACCAGGUUCUCUUCCAUCUGUGGCUCCAAAAGUCCCUAGGAUAACUUCACUGCCAACAACAUCCCCCAGAAUUAGUGAGCUUCAUGAGCUGCCUAGGCCUCCUGCAGCUUUAGACACUCUCCGGCCUGGUUUGGUUGGAUAUUCUGGUCCUUUGGUAUCAAGGCGGCAAAUUCCUACCCGUGCCUCCCCACCGUCAAAUACAGCAUCACCGCUUCCACGACCACCUGCUGCCAUGACUCGCAGCUAUUCUAUACCUUCAAACAGCCAAAGAACACCUAUUAUUACUGUGAAUAAGUUGUUGGAGUCUAGGCAUAGCAGAGAGAGCAGCGAAGUGUCCUCGCCCCCACUAACACCUAUAUCUUUGGCAGAUGUUUCCCGCAAAGCAAUAGCAGAAACAACUAUAGACACCAGAAGGAUGAAGGGUAAGUUUCUACUGCUAAAUAAUUGGUUUCACACAUAUUUAUCUCUAGAUAAUAAUUUCAUGUUUAAACCUCACCAUAGAUUUCUGUUCUGAACUGUGCCUUAAGUGUUGGUUUUACUCCAUUAUUGUUUUCGAUCAUCUCACUGCGAUAUGUUUUCCAUUUUUAGAUAUCUGCUCUUUUCAAUGGUUUCAUUGGUUUUGAUCAUGGCAUUGUGAGUAGUUUUAGGGAAAGUAUUUAGAUCAUACUAUAGUUCACAACUUCACAUGUGAAUGAAAUGCAAUCCACUCAUGAUUUUUUUUGCAAGAUUCCAAGAUUCAGAUAUAUUCAGUAUUUUACUGCACAAAUGCUACUACACACAAUGUAUAAUGCCAUGUCUAACUAUACUCUAUCCUUUGAUUGCAGAAACCUUGUGAGCACUCACACAUCCAAACCUGUUUAUAAUUGUAGGCAAUUUUGUACGUAAGUAGUUUGCAUUCUUGGUUUUCUUCAAUAGUCUUUGGUGUAUUUUGUGAAACAAAAAGGUGAAAUAAAGAUAGCAAUAUUUUACCUUCAUUCACA